AUGACGACAAAUGAGCUGCCAGCCCUAAAAAUUUAUUGGGAUGGUACAAUAUUAUCGACUCCGGGUGGAGUUGAUUAUGUUUCCGGUAAAUCAGAACUGGUUGAGCUGACGAGUGUAGUGAAUUUUGCACAACUACAAGUCGUAAUUAGAAGGGUAAUUGGGCUGAAGGAUGGUGACGAGAUAGUGAAGAUUUAUCUACGAGUGCCUCGGUUCGAUGAACAUGGAAGAUUUCAAAAAUAUGAUGGUUUUCCUAUGGAAACAGAUGUUCAUAUGCAAGCAAUGUGGCGUAAUGUUUCGCGGACGCCACAAAUGAGGGUACUUGAGUUUUAUAUUGUGUACAAUCCGUUAUCUCAAGUACGUGCGGAUGGAGACGACUGUGCGGAUGUAGACGACUCUGUGGAUGUAGACGAUUGUGCGGAUGUAGACGACUGUGCGGAUGUAGACGAUGGUGAUGAUUUUAGUGAUGAGGAUGAGGAAGAAGAACACUUCUACGGGGCCGUUGCUGAUGACAACGAGAAUGAUGAUGAUGAUGACAUCGGUGGUGAUAAUGGAGAUGGCACCCAUGGUGAGAAUGUCGGUGGUCGGUCGGAACAAAAUACAGAUCAUUUUGAGUCGCGCCUUCCUCAUGAGUACACGCAUCAGAAUGUUGACGACAUGUGUGUCAAUAUGAAUCUGUGGCCUAAAGAAAAUGCAAUAUGGGAAGCAGGCAAAGAGUUUGAAUUGGGGAUGGUUUUUAGUUCGAGGUAUGCUGUCCAGACAUGCGCGGCGAGUUAUCACAUUGCAGCUAAUAAAGAAUACAAGAGCAGUGAAACAACUGGUAAAACAAUAGUUCUUGUGUGUGUGAACAAUGACACUUGCAAUUGGAGGUUGCGUGCGUCGCUUUUAAAAGGCGAGUCAGACUGGAUGAUAACAAGAUAUAACGGCCCCCACCAAUGCAGCGGCCAAUCAAUGAACCAAGACCAUCGCAAUUUAAGAGCGCGACAGAUAGCUGACCACAUCGACACGCAAUUGCAUCUGCAACGUGACAUUAGGAUUAAAACGCUUCAAGAGGGCAUUUUUCAAAAACUGCGAGUUAGGCCUGGAUACAAAAAAACUUGGUAUGCCAAGGAAAAGGCCAUUGCAAACAGGUUCGGACAAUGGGACGACUCUUUCAAGGAGAUUUGCAAUUUUAUGACGAAUGUCACCGUUGCUAAUCCCAGGACAGUCUGGCAUGCUACCGGUACACCAAUUGAAAACAAUCCACAAUUCAGAACUUUCAAGCAUAUGUUUUGGACUUACGAGCCAGUGGUGAAGGGUUUUCAGUAUUGCAAGCCUGUGGUGUACAUCGACGGCACCCACACAUAUGGAAAAUACGAAAUGACUUUGCUGAUUGCUUCUGCAAUUGAAGGGAACAAUCACAUCAUGCCGAUAGCUUUUGCAAUUGUGAAGUCAGAAACUGCCGCAUCCUGGAGGUAUUUCAUGAGGAUGUUGAAGAGGUAUGUUUUGGGUGAGCGAAAGGUGUGUAUCAUAUCUGAUCGCGGCUCCGGUAUUAUGAGUGUCAUGGAGGGCCCUGAGUGGGGGGGUGAUACCCACAAGUGGUGUAUUAGACACCUAGUGAGCAACUUCCACAAUGCCUUCAAGAAAAAAUAUCUCAAAAAGCUUGCUGAAAAAGCUGGACGCGCAUACCAAGAGCAUAAAAGAGAUCGGUACAUGUCAUUGAUAGAGGCGGAUUCACCUGAGGGUUAUGCGUAUCUUGACCGCCUUGAUGUUACAAAAUGGAGCAUGAGUGGCGACACGUCUGGAAUGCGGCAUGGUGUGAUGACAACAAACUACGCGGAGUCGGUCAACGCGAUGUUAAAGAACAUUCGGGGGCUCCCUAUCACAGCCAUGUUGGAAGCAAUAUUUAACAAGGACUCAUACGGCUUCACAGUUCAACGUGGCACAGAAGGUAUUCAAUGUCUUGACCCAGUGCGACAAUGUAAGACAAAAGGGUGGCAAUACACAUCAAGUUCGUCUACUGGACGGGACAUGCACCUGUGGAAAAUUUCAACAGUGGAAAAUUCCGUGCUCCCAUGCGAUAGCUGCCUGCAACCAAUACGGAGAGAACUACCGUGA